AAAAUCCCUCUACUGUUCCAAGCAUCCGAGGGCGUCCCGCGUUUUUCGCGCGCAAAACCCUCUCUUUUCUUCUUCCUCUCCAUUAUCCAACUAAUUUUAAUUUAAUCAAAACAAUAUUUUCCUUAAAAAUAGAAAACGAAAGCAACGGCCAGAGAAAAGAAAGAGACGAAGAAGGAAAAAGAGAAAAAAAAAAGUUCUUGUUUUUUUCAAUGAAAUUGAAUCCCCCCAAACCGCCGGCUGAUUCUCAUUGCGAGAUUCCCCGCGGCAAGGUGGGAUUUUGAUGCACCUCCGGCCAUCGCCGACCCAUUUCCCGUCUGGCUUUCCAAUUUCUGGGGAUUUCAUCCUCUCCCCUGAGAGCAAUUUGGAAUCCUUGGAAACCUCUGGCUUAUCCAGUUUGACCCGUUGAAGCUCUACAAUCCCUCAAAAAAUAAAAUGUUGAGAAUGAAGCCCAAGUGUUUGAAUUAAUGUGCCAGUGAGAAAUUGGUGCCUCUCUUUGGGUGCAUAUGGGCUGCAUUUGCUCCAAAGGGAUCAACAAAAAUGAGAUUGUCGCUGAGGCCAGUAGUAUUAGAGAAUCUGCCACCAAAUCCCUGCCACGGGUUGCCACACCUUCAAAGAAAGAGGAGGAUGUGGAGGCAAAUCCUAUAGCUAAGGCUGCUUCUUUGAGAUGCCAAUCGAAGAAAGUGAAAGAAAAUGCAGUUAUUGUGCCUAUUGGUUCUACGAAGAGGAUCUCUAAUGGGCAUCAGAGGAGCAUCACAGUUGAUGACCGGGUUAACGAUGAGGACUUGAGUUCGAGACGUGGCAAUAGGGGUUUGGUGGUUGAAGAUGCGUCCGAUGGAGUCUCUUUGGAGCAUUCUAAUGCGGGUUGGCCUCCUUGGUUGACAUUGGUUGCUGCAGAGGCCAUUAAAGGGUGGUUGCCAAGGAGAGCCGAUUCCUUUGAGAAAUUAGAUAAGAUUGGACAAGGAACCUAUAGUAGUGUAUACCGAGCCCGCGAUCUAGAGACUGGAAAAAUUGUUGCACUUAAGAAAGUGCGAUUUGUGAACAUGGAUCCUGAGAGUGUGCGGUUUAUGGCAAGGGAAAUUCAUAUUCUCCGUAAACUUGAUCACCCGAAUGUUAUUAAACUCGAAGGUAUUGUUACAUCAAGAAUGUCAUCCAACCUCUAUCUUGUCUUUGAAUAUAUGGAGCAUGAUCUUGCUGGGCUAGCAGCAACACCCGGUAUCAAGUUCACCGAGCCACAAGUCAAGUGUUUCAUGCGACAACUACUCAGUGGACUCGAUCAUUGUCAUAGUUGCGGGGUUCUGCAUAGGGAUAUCAAGGGUGCGAAUCUUCUUAUUGACAGCAAUGGAAAUCUUAAAAUAGGAGAUUUUGGACUUGCUUCGGUUUUUAAUCCUGAGAAAAAACAACCAUUGACAAGUCGUGUUGUGACUCUAUGGUAUCGUCCUCCUGAACUUCUACUGGGUGCAACAGAAUAUGAUGUUGCUAUUGAUUUGUGGAGUGCUGGUUGCAUUCUUGCUGAAUUACUUUUUGGGAAGCCUAUUAUGCCCGGUAGAACUGAGGUUGAACAACUACAUAAGAUAUUCAAGCUUUGUGGAUCACCAGCAGAGGACUAUUGGAAAAGAGCAAAGCUUUCACAAUCAACUAUUUUCAGACCUCAACAUCCAUAUCCUCGUCGCAUUGCUGAGACAUUUAGGGAUUUUCCUUCUUCGGCUUUAAAUCUUCUUGAUACACUUCUUGCAAUAGAACCUGAUGAAAGGGGAACAGCUGCUUCUGCUCUUCAAAGUGAGUUUUUCACCACAACGCCUUUUGCUUGUGAUCCAUCAAGUUUGCCUAAAUAUCCACCAAGCAAGGAGUAUGGUGCUAGGCUUCGGGAUGAGGAAUCUAGGAGACAACGAGAAGCAGCUACUAAAGGGGGAGUUGAAGAUGGAAGAAGAGAAACGAGAGAUUCUCAAACAAAACCACUACAAUAUAAUGGCAAUGGAGUUCAGAAGAGGCAAGCAAACAACAAGUGCACAAGCCAAAAGUACAGUCCACUUGAGGACACUGCUGCUGGAUUUCCUAUCGAGCCUCCUUCAGGAGAUGGCUACCGAUGUGCUGGCAGUACAAUGCACCCUGGUGCUUAUGGAAACUUGAGGAAUAAGAAUAUUAAGGACGAUCGUCAAACCAUUCCUGGACGCUCAGUCAGUAAUUUAAAGGUGGUGAAUGGUGUGGAGCUGAGGACACAGAGAUCAUAUAGGUCUCAAUAUGGUGAUGCUGGUGAUUUGUCAAACUUUGCCUCAAGAAACAAGGCAACUUUGAGGUGUAUUGAUAGGCCUGCCUCUACUCACAGGAAAGAUGAUGGAGGUGGCAAGGAUUCUGCAAUGGGUUACGGAAACAAGAACAAAAGGCUCCACUAUUCUGGACCUUUGGUGCCUCCAGGUGGAAACAUGGACGACAUGCUCAAGGAGCAUGAGAGGCAAAUCCAACAGGCAGUAAGGAAAGCUCGCGACAAGAAUAAGACUCAACAAUACUACUGAUAAGAGAACCAAUCUCAAAAUAUUCCUUUUAUCAGCAGUUCAAAAUGUUCAAUUGUGCAGACAGAGGCGAUACAAAGAGUUUUAAUAUGCUCUCACUGUUUUUAUUGGGGAAUUGUACAGCUUCAGUUGGCUCAAAUUAAAUGUAUAUUCAUUCUCCCAAUUGUAAAUUAUUUUUCAGACUGUGCUGAAGGGUGGUGUCGGAGGGCUUUGUGAAUAUAUGUAUAGAUUGAGGAGAGGAUUAAACUUGUGGAAAGCCAGAAGAUGGGAUUCUUUAUGUAAAUUUUACUGUCAUUUUAACAGGAAUUUAACCCAGUUUUCUUAUAA